UAUAUAAUUUUGUAACAAAUGCUUAGCCACUAAAAUGGUGAGAAAAAUUACGUUGUCUUCCUGUUGCCUUAAUCAAUGGAGUUUGGACUUUGAAGGAAACUAUACAAGAAUUGUGAAGAGCUUUGAAAAAGCCCAUGAAAGGGGUUCUUCUUAUCGACUUGGACCAGAACUAGAAAUUCCCGGGUAUGGAUGCGGUGAUCAUUUUUAUGAAGGUGACACAAUGCAGCAUUGUUUUGAGGUUCUUGCUAAGUUACUUGAGCGAGAAGAAUCCAAGACAAUGAUAUGUGAUGUUGGAAUGCCAAUUCUCCAUAAAAACGUCAGAUACAACUGCAGAGUUAUAUUUAUGUACAAGAAUAUUCUUCUCAUCAGACCAAAAAUGGCGAUGGCGAAUACGAGUGUAUUCAGAGAACACAGGUGGUUUUGUCCCUGGACUAAACAUCAGACAGUGGAAGAGUUCACUUUGCCGAAGAUACUUAGGAAUGUUACAGGUCAGACAAGAGUACCGAUUGGCGAUGGCCUGUUACAAACCCUAGAUACCUGCAUUGGUAGUGAGAUAUGUGCUGAUAUGUGGGCACCAAAUGCAUCACAUAUAUUCCAGUCCCUUGAUGGCUGUGAAAUAAUCACUAAUGGAAGUGGCUGUCUUUUGGAAAUUGGAGGCUUGGAAAAUAGGUUGAGCAUAAUAAAAGCAGCAAGCGACCGCUGUGGAGUGGUUUACAUGUUUUCAACUUUGAUUGGAUGUGAUGGAGACCGUACUUAUUGCGAUGGAACACCGAUAAUUGCAAUGAAUGGUGAAAUAUUGGCUCAGGGAGCCCAGUUUUCACUUAACGGAAUUGAAGUCAUUACAGCAACAGUUGACUUGGAUGAUUUACGAACUCAUAGAGCAAAAAUAACUGCUGUUGCUUAUCAAGGAAGCUUUUCAAUACCUUAUCCUCGAGUAUAUCUAGAUUUUUCGGUGUCAUUGGACGACGAAAAAUUGUUACUUACUCCAAAGUGCUCUCAGCCAAUCCAAACAAGAUUUCUCACACCCGAGGAAGAAAUAUCACUUGGACCUGCUGUUUGGUUGUGGGAUAAUCUGCGACGUAGUUCCAUGUCGGGCUUCUUUCUUGCUCUAGAUGGCCAAGUUGACAGUUCGUCUGUUGCUUGUUUUGUUUAUUCCAUGUGUGUUCAGGUUCAAAAAGCUGUUGAGAGUGACAACCAACAUGUUCUCGAUGAAUUACGAAGGAUAGUCAAAAAACCCGAAUUUACACCCAAAAAUGCCAAAGAAAUUUGCCAGGAAUUGUUGACUACUUGUUUUUUGGCUGAUGAGAAUUCGUCAGAUGAUACACGAUCUUUUGUAUCAAAACUGUCCAAAUCUAUUGGCUCUCACCAUCACGACACCAUCAAUAUAAAUUCAAUUGUUGAAGCAUGCUUGACAGUUGGCUCUACUAUCUUUCCAAAUCAUGGAAAAAGUCCAGAAGACACUGCAGUACGAAAUUUGCGAGAUCGUGUCAGGAUGCUGAUGACGUAUUUAUUAGCUCAUUUAUCGAUGUGGGCAAGGAAUAAACAAGGAUCCGGAUUAUUGGUGUUGGGAUCGUCGAAUACAGAUGAUGCAUUGAUUGGAAAUAUAGUCAGGUAUGGCAAUUCGAGUGGUGACCUGAACCCAAUCGGGGGAAUAAGUAGAGAACAUUUACAUUCAUUUAUAAAAUAUGCAACUGAUGAAUUCAAUCUUCCUGUCUUGAAAAAUAUUCCGGAUUCCCCAAAUUAUUGUGCUAUUGAAGGUAUACCUUACAGUGAAAUCUCUUUACUCGGCAAACUUCGUAAAGUAGCGAUGUGUGGACCUUACAGUAUGUUCUAUAAACUAAUGGACAUUUGGAAUGGAAUAUAUUCAAUAUCCCAGAUUGCUGGCAAGGUCAAGGCUUUUUUUCAUUCGUAUGGGGUAAAUCGUCAUAAGGUGACAACACUGCCUCCAUCAUGUAAUGCUGAAAGCUAUAAUCCUGAUGAUAGUGGGUUGGACAUACGACCAUUUUCUUUACCAAGCCUAACAUGGCAAUACAGAAAAAUUGACGAGGCUGUCAAAAUUUUGGAAGAUGAGCAAAAUAAAGAUGAAUAAUUAAGAAUUUUAUUGUUGUAUAAUACACUUUAAUCAAUCUCAAAAUAUUCCGAAUGCAUUUUUUUUUGUGCAGUUUGAUUCAAAGCACAAUCAAAUUGUAUUAUCAUUUGUUGGUCACGAAAUUGAAUGCCAAAUUAAAUCAUGGAAAAAGACUAUACUAUUUUCAAGAUCGAGAAUAUAUUACCUCGGAUAAUAAAAUAAUUCAAAGAUUGUAAUUUCGAGUAUUGUAAAAUCUCUUCUGUUAUAGAGCUAGAUUUUUGAAAUAUAGCGGAUAAAUUGGCAUACAAACCUCGACCUUCUACUCUGUUUACUGUAUCGAUCCUCGGAAGU